GCAAAAUUCCUCUUGUUCGUCCCUCAGCUCUAUAAAUACAUACAAAUGGUGAACCCAAAAUUAUUCAAUCUUCAUCCAUUAUUAUUGCAAUUCAUAUUAAUCAUCUUUAAUUUCCAUUAUUGUAUUCGAGCUGAGGUAGCUAGCUAGGACAUAAUGACUUCGGUGCAACAAGUAGACCAGGGUGUAAGCCCAUUGACCGCCGAGGAGAGAGCAACAAUCAGUGAGGCGAUGAAGGAGGCGCAAACCUUGUUGGAAAACAACAACAAUGAUGCAAACGAGAUUCAACUCGCUACAGUAGCAGGUGUUAUGAAAAAUUCCCAAAAUCGGCCACUUAUGCUUAAUAAAACGCUUGAUGGGUUUGGAGUUUUCGUAGUGGCACCUCCUACUAAUGUUGGUGGGAAUAAUGGUAGUGGUGAAUUUAUUCAUAGGGCUCCUACUUUCCCUCAUAUUCCGGGUGGAGGCGGUCAUGGCCCCGUGAUCAUAGGCUGUAAGGCCGCGUUGAUAUAUGGUACCUUCGAUAAGGCUUUACCUCAGCUCGGAUAUCUCUUAGCUUGGUUCAAAGCUCAGAGUUCUGAUGAACAUAAAGUGUACGUGGAAACUGGGGAUCUAAGCAAGCUCAUGGAAAUGGAAUGGAGUGAUGUUGAGCAGAAAUUGGAUGCAUCUAGCAACCAAAGUCGGUACGUGGAUAGCGAGACAGGAGCUAUGGCAGCUGCUCAAAUUAACCUCCUAGGCGAUAACCUGGCUUUGCUUGGUGCAAGCUUUGAUCGUGUGCUCUUUGAUGAAAAUACUUCUCAGUCCUAAUUUCGAGACCAUCAUCGACAUUAUAUAAUACUAUACCUCUUCCUUGCAAAAUAAAUAGUCACGUUGGUAUUGUAAUUUGAACGAAGAAGUAUAUCUUAUUACUAAAGGGCCACUUGGAAUUUUUUUAACCCGCAUUUUCCAUUAUGCAAGCUUUAUUAUAUUUAAAUACUAUGUUUAAUAUUGUAUUUACAAAUAUUGUACGGAGUAUUUAAUAAGCUAAUCAAUAAAUUAUGCCUCCUUGGUUUUGUAUGGUUGGAAGAA